AUGAUACAUAUAUUUACAGACUGUCAGGCAGCAAUAACAUCAGUGUUCUGUAAAGAAGUACCAACAAAAAUGAUAGAAAACAUCAUCACAAUCAAGAAAUAUUUGGCAAACCUACAAGACAGAAAAUAUGAAAUAGAAAUUCACUGGAUCCCAGGCCAUAAAGAACUUACAGGAAAUGAAUUGGCAGAUUCUCAGGCAAAAGCAGCUGCAUCUGAAAUGUGUACAUCAGAUACUGAGGAGAACACAGAGAAGAGAGAUGCAAGGGAAGUUGUCAGAAUUAUGAAAGAAAAAAUAAAAGAAAAAUGGAACAACAAAUACAGCCUGUCAGAAAAUGUUGAAAAUAUUCAAGAAGUUUAUCAGCAAGCAGGAGUUAGGUCGUUGGUGGGAGAGGAAAACAGGGAAACUUUUUGUAUGAUCAAUCAGCUAUUAAGUGGACACACAAGAUUAAAUGCACACUGGUCAAAAAUUGAUUCAACAAAUUCAGCAAUGUGCUGCCAAUGCAAAGUUCCAGAAACAGCACAACAUUACAUAUUCCAUUGUGCCAGAUUCACAAAACAAAGAGAGACACUUGAACGGGACAUAGAGACAAUACUAUAUAGAGAAAAUAUUAGUUGUGGAAAUAUAUCAAUGGCCACCCUAGUAGGAGAACUGGCUGAUAUUAGGGUUGAGGCAAGGAGAGAAUUAAUAGAAGUUUUCAGCCAAUAUAUUCAAAAUUCUGGUCGCUUCAGCAGCGAAUCGGAAUAA